AUGGAACUCAAGGCCAGUUUGUCCUCUCAAGAUACGCACAAGUGUCUGCUGCUUGGCGACUCGGGCGUGGGUAAGACGACCUUCCUGCGACGUCAUGCAACAGGACAUUUCAAGGAUACGCAUAAGCUCACAAAGGGUGUCCAGGUGCAUACGCUGCUGCUGCAGACCAACUAUCAAGACUUGGCUCUAGAGCUCUGGGAAGUGGCUGGGGAUGAGCGUCAUGGUGGACUCUGCGAUGGCUAUUUCUUCUUUGCCAAAUGCGCCAUCAUCAUGUUCGAUCUGAGCGUGGAGAGCACUGCGUUGAGUGUGGCACGUUGGCUGCGCUCGUUCGAACGGAUUUGUGGCAAGCAGCUGCCAGUGAUAGUCUGUGGCAACAAGGCCGAUUUGAAGCGCAUGCCUCGCCAGUUGUGCUAUCGAAAACAGCCCAGCUUUGAUUACUGCGAGCUGUCUGCACGAGCUGCCUGGAACUUGGAGGCGCCUCUAGAGCUGCUCAGCAGGCAACUGCUGCAACGUAGGAGUCUCAAGCUGAUCUCGCAACCGAUUUUUAAACCAAAAGAUGGUUGCACCUUUAAUGAGGACGAAAUGCAACAGCAAAUGAAGUUGGUGCAUCAAAUAGCUCUGCCAGAAUUAAUCGAAGAUGCAGACGAGAGUGAAGAAUAUUACAUGGAAGAUACUAUAAUACUGAACUAG